UCGAUAAUGGCAUCCAACCCGGCGGUGCCGCCGACAUUUGGUUUGCGGCUGCGGAGGUCGGAAGCGGAUUUUUGUCCACCGUUGCUUCUCCGGCGGAGGGUUAUGAUUCGCGGCAGCGAUUGCAAGAUUUCUUGUUGCUGCUCCGGCAAGGUAGUGCCGAUCCGGAGAAUUGCUGUCGGGUCGGGUCGUAAAUGUGGGAAUAAAGCUGAUGAAUGGCCGAUUGAGUUGAAGAAGAAGACCCACAAAGUUCGAGCUCAAGCUCCCCCUGCAUUGCCCUUCGCAUCAUCUCAAUCUCUGAUGCCUUCUAGACAAGAAAAGUUCUUUCCACGCUGUACCCCCAGAAAUUCUGGGCCACAAUCUCGUGACACUCCACCUAAAAGAGACACGGGUAUUGCAAAUGAAAAGGAUUGGGGCAUUAGUUUAAGUGAACAUGUUAAUGAAUCUGGAGUGAAUGUGGAUGGUAGUAGCUGGUAUAGAGAAAGUGGAGAAGAUUUUGGUGAAAAUGGAUUGAGAUGUAGAUGGACAAAGAUGGGUGGUCAAAGCGAUGAUGGCUCUUCAGAAUGGAAAGAAACGUGGUGCGAGAAAAGUGAUUGGAGCGGAUACAAAGAGCUAGGUGUCGAAAAAUCUGGAAGAAAUUCUGAAGGGGAUUCAUGGUGGGAAACAUGGCGAGAAGUUCUUUACCAAGAUGAAUGGAGUAAUCUAGCAAGGAUCGAAAGGAGUGCACAAAAGCAAGCAAAAUCAGGCACAGAAAAUGCCGGUUGGUACGAGAAUUGGUGGGAGAAGUAUGAUGCCAAAGGUUGGACCGAGAAAGGAGCACAUAAAUACGGUAGACUAAACGAUCAGUCAUGGUGGGAGAAAUGGGGAGAGCAUUACGAUGGAAGAGGAUCUGUUCUAAAAUGGACUGACAAAUGGGCUGAGACUGAACUCGGAACCAAAUGGGGAGACAAAUGGGAAGAGAAGUUUUUUGCGGGUAUUGGUUCUCGUCAAGGAGAAACAUGGCAUGUAUCCCCUGCCGGUGAACGUUGGUCAAGGACAUGGGGGGAAGAACACUUUGGAAACAGCAAGGUGCACAAGUACGGAAAAAGCACAACGGGUGAAAGUUGGGAUAUUGUGGUACACGAGGAAACUUAUUACGAGGCUGAACCCCAUUACGGAUGGGCUGAUGUCGUUGGUGAUUCAAGCCAAUUGUUAUCGAUCCAGCCACAGGAGAAACCUCCAGGCGUUUAUCCGUAUCCUGAUUUUGGGUCGUCACCGACACCUAAAAAUGACAGGCUUUCGCCCCCGUGAUAUCAAGAAAUCAUGUUGAUUAUUUCCAAUCUUGGUUAUUUUAGGCAUUUGGUGUUAUUGGUUUUCUUUUUGUUCAUGGCCAAUUAAUUUAAUUAUUGUAUUGUUUUGAUAGACAUUGUUGA